CGGCUACCGCACAGGAACGCGUCGCUAGGAGCUCUGCCCGCUCUCUGGCCUCACCCUGCCCCAGGCUCGAUGCGGGCCGGCGCUGGCCAUGGAGAAGCUGUACCUGGCGGGGAGCAGCACCUGGGUCAUCAACAGCUCCCUGGGGAACGGCAGCCUGCGGCUGGAGAACCUGAGCGCCGGCAGGAACAGCACCGCCGACCCCCUGAAGAGGAACGAGGACAUGGCCAAGGUGGAGGUGACGGUCCUGUGCCUCAUCCUGUUCCUCGCCCUGACCGGCAACCUGUGCGUGCUCCUGGCCAUCCACACCACCCGCCACAAGCACUCCCGCAUGUACUUCUUCAUGAAGCACCUGAGCAUCGCUGACCUGGUCGUGGCCAUCUUCCAGGUGCUGCCCCAGCUCAUCUGGGACAUCACCUUCAGGUUCUACGGGCCAGACUUCCUGUGCCGCUUGAUCAAGUACCUGCAGGUGGUGGGAAUGUUCGCCUCCACCUACAUGCUGCUGCUGAUGUCCCUGGACCGCUGCUUGGCCAUCUGUCAGCCGCUGAGGUCCCUGCACAGGAGGGCUGACCGGGUCUCUGUCCUCCUCACCUGGCUGCUGUGCCUGCUGGUCAGCAUCCCUCAGAUCCACAUAUUUUCUCUAAGGGAUGUGGGGAACGGGGUUUAUGACUGUUGGGCAGAUUUCAUCCAGCCCUGGGGACCGAAAGCCUACGUUACCUGGAUCACCCUCAUGGUCUAUAUCAUCCCUGUGUUGAUGCUGAGCAUCUGCUACGGCUUAAUCAGCUUCAAAAUCUGGCAGAACGUGAAGCUGAAGACGGCUCACGGGCCCAGCGUGGGUCUGGGCUCAGGCUCCCGUGGCGGGGUGGUGUUUGCCAGGGUCAGCAGCACCAGGCUCAUCUCGAAAGCCAAGAUCCGGACAGUCAAAAUGACCUUUAUCAUCGUGCUGGCCUUCAUCGUGUGCUGGACUCCCUUCUUCUUCGUGCAGAUGUGGUCUGUGUGGGACAGCAACGCCCCGCAGGAAGCCUCCCCGUUCAUCAUCGCCAUGCUCCUGGCCAGCCUCAACAGCUGCUGCAACCCCUGGAUCUACAUGCUCUACACCGGGCACCUCUUCCACGACCUGAUGCGCCGCUUCCUCUGCUGCUCCACGCGCUACCUGAAGUCGCGGCCGGCCUGCGAGCUGAGCAAGAGGAGCAACUCCUCGUCCUUCGUCCUCAGCUGCAGGGCCACGAGCCAGAGGAGCUUCAUGCAGCCGCCCACGACGUGAGGCCGCGGCCAGCCGGACCUUGUGCCUCUGCUCCGGUGCUUCCCUGGGGAGGCCGGGCCGGACAGAGGGGUCUGUACACAGGUGUAUAUAUGGUGUAAGCAUGUACAGAGGCUUUAUUUAACUGAGACGGGAGUGGGUGCGGAGUUCUGUGUCCAGCUUUCAGUGCUGCCUGGGAUUAGACAGCAGGAACCCGUUCCUGAGCCCCAGACCCUGACUUCAGGGGCUUGUGGAUGCCAGCAGGAGGGACAAAGGACACGGUGCAGCUGGGGCAGGUGUGAUGGAAGCACAGGGAGAUGGGUGGUGUCACCCCUGGUACGUGGCUGGGCACUGUCCCACUCUGCCCGCAGCAGGAUCCCGCUCCGUGCUCUCAGCACAGGAACCUCGCUUCACUUGCAGCCUGUGGGGCAGAGGCAGCCCCGUCCCUGCAGCCCUGCAGCCCUGCAGCCCUGCAGCCCUGCACCAUGCCAGGCCUGCAGCUCUGCAGCUCUGCACCAUGCCAGGCCUGCAGCUCUGCAGCUCUGCACCAUGCCAGGCCUGCAGCCCUGCAGCCCUGCACCAUGCCAGGCCUGCAGCCCUGCACCAUGCCAGUCUGCACCAGGCCUGCCCUGCAGCUCUGAACCAUGCUAGCCUGUACCAUGCCAGCCCUGCAGCAUGCCAGCCCUGCUCCCCCUGCCUGGGGCACAGACAAGGGCAUUUCUGGGGUCAGCAGGGACCAGCCUCGAAGGGACAGCGCAGAGGCCUGGCUGUCCCCAGCCCAGCUCUGUGCCCUGUACCCAGUGAGGCUGGGCAGGAGCCUGGGGCACGGCUGGGGCCGGGAUGCGGGCACUGACCCUGGCCGUGUGUGCCCAGCGGCUCCUGCUCGGGGCUGUGCGGGAUCCAGCAGAC